AUGGGAGGGACCGACAGACGUCAAGCCCACAACCCACAACCUGUGCAUACGUACCAAGGCAUGAUCGAGGAGCCUGAUGCACCACGCGAAACUUUGCCUGGUAACCUGCAUCUCCAAACAUCAUCAACACACUUGACAUUGCCGGCUCCUCAAGCAGCUUCCUACUCCUUCACGCCGUUCUCCAAAUCAUCAUUCGCGUCAUUGCUCUACAGACUGUGCAAAGGUCCCCCUGCACAGUCCUCCGUCACUGUCCAUCGCCACCACCCUCUCAACUUUAUGCAGACCUGGCCUACUGAGUCAUCAGAUAGCUCUCGACCAAACGACUCCCAGGAACACCUCACCCCCAAUCAAGAUGGCUCCCAGCACCAACUACGGCCCCUCAGGCCUGCGCAUCUGCCGCAGCACUCUGUCGGCUCCAGCGGUGCCUCUCCGCACUCCAUCGCGGACGGCCUUGACGGCGUCAACGCCGGCCAGCUUGAUGAGCGACUUCGUCUGCUGAGCAUCCGCAAUGGACACCCAGAUGGCCGUCACUACGUAGCGGGUCAACGAAUCACCGAUUACGAGAAUGCAUUGGCGCCCUCCACGCCUAGACAGGCGCUUGGCUUCAAGGUCAUCAAGCGUGUUGAUUCGCGGUCUGAUGGUGUCCAGCUCACUGAUUUCCCCAACGAAAUUUUGACCCAUGUCUUAUCCCACCUGCAUCCCGAUUCUCACGCGGCGGUCGCGCUCGUUUCGAAGCGGUUUUAUUCGCUGGUCACGACACCCCACGCCUGGCGGAUGGCAUUCUUGCGCUACUUCCCUGGGCAUGAGAGCUUGACAGACAAGCCUGAGAAAGAGGCCACCGGGCCGUGGGAACAGGCGACGACAGAAUUCGUCCGAUCAGAGGCUCGUUAUUUCGCCCGCCUGACGUCGCUGGCCACUUGGAGGAGCGAAUACCUACUGCGCACUCGCCUACUCAGGGGUCUCAUCAGGGGUAAACCUGGAGCAUCCGGCGGCAUCGGCACCUCGGCGCGCUCAACCAAGAAGAUCAGCGCUGUCUUGACGUAUAACUCAAAGUUGCCGUGGGCUGUGACAAGCCUACAUGCCAUCUUCUCAAACGGCAAGAAGCCGCCACGUGCCGUCCAUGGCGCUGCGGACCUAGGCUUUGCUACUAUGAGCGAUCCAACUUCUGGCAAAGUCGAGAAGUGGGGUUUCGAUGAGCCGUUCAGCUCUCAGCAGCUCGACGAGGUAUUUCCAGACUUGGAGCCCUAUGGUGUUGGCGAGGGGCCUGCCGCUGGACCAAAUGUCAUGGACGUCAGUGUGCCUUACGGCCUCCUCGCAGGUGAAGGCCACCCUGGUGGCCGUGCGUAUUACCGUCCCAUUCACGAGAAGCGCGGUCGUUACCUUACUCACGAGUCGGGCGUGGUCGAUACCUACCCUGACAUCCCUCGCAUCCCAGAGCUCUCUGAGGCCAUCUCGAGUCUCUGGAUCGCCAAGUCAUCCGCCGUCCCGUACAUGACACUCUCCAUAGUCGGCAUCUUGACAGGCUCGACUCUUGGCGUCGUCACUGCGUACGCCCUGGGUGGGGACAACACCGGUCACCGAUUCUCAAACGGCGACAUGACUGCCCGCUGGGUGCUAAGCCCCGGCGUGCCAAUCAUCUCGAUCAAGGUUGAUGAUCAAUACAACCAGAGGAGGAAGAACACCAGGCGCGCGUGGGCUGUUGCUCUGAAUGCCCUCGGCGAGGUCUUCUUCCUCACGGAGCCUCCUACGUCGAGCCUCGACCGAGCCAAGGGCGAGGAUGUGACCAAGAAUGCGUGGCUCGCAGGGCGAUCUGUGUACUGGCAGCUCGUUGAGCAGACGCGUCGCCGCGCUCGCCCUGAUGACUCGGAUAAAAACGCCAUUCGAGGCGCUUACACUCCUCGAUCACCUGCGGACUCCAUGGAGCUGAGCAAGGAGCAACUCACUGCCGAAGCACGCGAGAUCGAGAAAUUCCUUCGACACAAGCCGUCGCACUUUCGCAAAGUUUGCGAAGGCUGGGACAUGAAGCGUGUGCUCGAGGUCGAUUUUGCCCAUGAUGAUGGGAACGGUGGCGGAGAAACCAUCAUCGUCAUCGAAUGUGGGUGGGAGAAGGGACAAGGUCCCAAAGUUUCGAGAUACAUGAGAUCUCUGCUGCCCAAGACGCCUCAGCAAACCCGCAUCUCUGAGCUGAAAGACGCUGAGAUGGAGGCUCAACCUGAACCAGCGCCGGCGUCCAUCUUUGGAGCCAAGGGGGCCACUGCGAACAGAGCAGAGCCUGAGCCAGUCGUUCCAGCGUCCGUUGCCGCCCCUCUGCAGACUCCUCCUGGCACCGUCACUCCGGCACCUAAUCUUCUGAGCGACUGGGGCGUCACCGUCUUCGGCCUUGCUGGCUACAACAAGAGCGAAAUAACGGCAUCCGCCAUUGAUGUUUCAUUACACGCCGCUGUAACAUCGGCCGAAGACCCUCUGAGGGAAACGGUCAAGGGCACAUCCCACGCAGGCACCCCAAUCAGCGUUACGCCGCGUACAGCUGAGACGCUGGCUGAGAUCCCUGGACGCAGCGCCCGCAUGCUCGCCAUCGGCACCAAGAGCGGCGUCGUCCUGCUUUGGAACAUGCGCGAGACUGGACCACUUGUCAAGGAUAUGAAGCCGGUCCGAAUCAUCCAGACUGAAUCUCCUGAGAUCUCUUGCCUGGCCCUCAACGGCUUGUACCUCGUCCAUGGUGGCAGCGAUGGCUUGGUCCAGGCCUGGGAUCCGCUCGCGUCAUCACUAGAUCCUCUGCGCACUCUGAACGCCAGGCCAUCUGGGCGUGUGCCUAGGCACAUGCUGACGAUGAAUCCCGCUCUGGCCAACGAGAAUUACACGGCCGCCCGGACCAUCUUCCUCGACCCCGACCCAACGGCUCUACGCGGCGUCACAGCAUUUGGCGCUUUCUUGCGAUACUGGUCGUACAGCGCAACAAGCCAACCACCUGGUCGUAAGCGCCGGCUUCGACACGCUGACAUCCACGGCCGCCUCGCCACGCGCCGUCAGGGCGGCAAGGUAUCAGGUUACAUUGCGGCCGAGACGGCCGAGCUUCGUCUCGAGCAAGAGCAUCGCAGCCGUGAGCAGACGAGGCUUCGCAAUCGUUUUGGAGUGGGUGCGUUGGGUGACCUGACGGAGGAAGAGGCCGUUCGAUAUGCGCAGAUGAUCUCUGAGGAGUCUUUCCACACUGAUGAGCAGCGCCGUACCAGUGCUAGCGACACGGGCGACGCCAGCUUUGACACUGCCUCGUCGUUCAGCGAGAGCACGGCGUCCACGGUCACGCCAGACCCCAGCGUGAACGGCCUGCCUGCCAACGGAUUCAGUCCUCCCCCAACCGUGGACGAAGAAAGCGAGUAUGAGAUGCAGGUUCAGCAGGCUCUCCGCCUGUCGCUCCUCGAGGGCGUCAACGACCAUGGCCACUCGCCACGCGGGAACAACUCCAACGACUACGAGGUGCCCAUCACCAUCAAAUCCAAGUCGGCCAAGAAGGGCAAGCGGUCUGCUUCCCGGUCACCCCCCGCAAGCUACACAGCGCAUUCAGGCGCCAACGGCGGGUCGUCCAGCCAAGCCCCGAUGACCCAAGAAGAAGAAGACCUGGCACUUGCCCUGAAGCUGAGCAUGGAGGAUCAGGGCACAUACGGGGGCCCUGAGAGUGCGGACGCUACCUACGAGCAGCAGGAGGAUUUCCCUUCGCUGGAGGUCAAGGGGAAGGGCAAGGGGAAAAUGUGA